AUGAAGGCCACAAGCUACGUUGCCCUUGCAAUUAGCUGCUUCAUUGCGGGCUCCACCUCCGCUCCUACGCCUGAGCUGAUAGAUCUCACUGGCGUCGUGGGCUCGAUCGCCAACGGGAACACUGCAGGCAACGGCAAUGGCAACGGCAACGGCAUUGGCAACGGGAACCAGGCUGGAAACAACAAUCUCAUCAACAUUGGCCUCAAGGAGCGUGGUCUGGUCGAUAGCCUCGCCGGAGCCCUGGGAUCAAUCACGAAACCCUCGGCUGGCAACGGAAAUAGCAACGGAAACGGUAAUGGAGAUGGAAACUCAGUUGGGAACGGGAACCAAGCGGGCAAUGGCAACACAGUCAAUCUAGGCGACGUGAACGUUCCUAGCGUCACGUUACCUGAGAUCGAAUUGCCAGACAUCAACCUAAGCCCUUCGAUUAACAUGGCACGAUCGCCGGUAUGAGGGAACAUGAUCCCGGGGCGUGACAUCGCUACGAGGGAGUGUGAAUCUGUUCUUGCAUGUGUUAUUAGCUAGUAUGUGAGUUGGGCGUCAACACUUCUGUCAAUCGCAGCCGUGGAACAUUCAUAUUUUAUUCUGAUCUUGCAAUUCUUCUGGACACACUUUGAGCAUUACUUAUCAUCACGUUGCGAAGCUAGAAAUUGGGAGGACCGGGAAUUUCAAUAGCGCCCUCGAUUGCGUCUCAAGCCAUCGAGUAUUCAAGAUAUAAGCUUCCUGG